AAUAAGAACACAGCUUCUAUUGGUUGUGGCUGCUGUCAGUUAGCCACCUCCCAGGACAUCAGAAUUGCGAGUCAGGCGACGCAGCUCAGCCCCGAGGACGAAGCGACUGGGGGAAGAAAGCGAACAAGCGACAGGUUUGUUCUUCCCCUGCCUGAAGAAACCUCUUGCCCUUUCAGCAGGAGUGCUCUCACCCCUCCUUCCCCCUUCCCCUUCCUCCCAACCCCGGCUGUCACAGGAUCCCCCCCCCCCUUCCCUCCCCAUCCCAGUUACCCUCUGAGCACCGGCUCAUUCCCACAGCCCAAAUGGCAGCCCGUUCCUCCAGACCCAACGGGCAGCAGCAGGCGGGCAAGGUGUGCCAGUUUAAGCUGGUGCUCCUGGGGGAGUCCGCGGUGGGCAAAUCCAGUCUGGUGCUGCGCUUCGUCAAGGGCCAGUUUCAGGAGUACCAGGAGAGCACCAUCGGAGCGGCUUUCCUGACUCAGUCUGUGUGCCUGGAGGACACCACGGUCAAGUUUGAGAUCUGGGACACGGCGGGACAGGAGCGAUACCACAGCCUGGCCCCCAUGUACUACAGGGGAGCGCAGGCGGCUAUUGUGGUCUAUGACAUCACCAACGCGGAGACGUUUGGCCGGGCCAAGACCUGGGUGAAGGAGCUGCAGAGGCAGGCGAGCCCCAACAUCGUGAUCGCUCUGGCGGGGAACAAGGCUGACCUGUCCGUGAAGAGAGCCGUGGAGUACGAGGAGGCGCAGGCCUACGCAGACGACAACAGCCUGCUGUUCAUGGAGACCUCCGCCAAGACGGCCAUGAACGUCAACGACCUCUUCCUGGCAAUAGCCAAGAAAUUGCCAAAAAGUGAGCCCCAGGCGGGAGGAGCAGGUGCGACGGGGCGUGGCCCCAGGGCAGGGGUGGACCUGAACCAGCCCAGUCAGGCCAGCAAGAACCAGUGCUGUGGAAACUGAGGGAGGGGGGU